UUCAGGAAGUGGUUGUGGUGUAAACACCUUUAUAGUCCAUCUGAAAAGUGAGAAAUGCUAUAAAAGUUCUUGAAUACUACAACAGAGUAGCAAGAGAAAUGUUCUGUUGGAUGACACAUUGGAUAGUGUGGCUGUCUAUAUGCCGCAUUUCAUACAUGAGCGGGGGUGUAAUGUGUCCAAGCAGCUACACUGAUCAAGGCAACAUUUCUGUUAAACUCCAGUCUGAUGUCCUGCUGCCGUGUAGCUUUAAUCCAACUCUCCUCGGAUCAGAUAAGACUGCAGAUAUAGCAGUAGUGUGGAGUCAAAGGAACACAACAUCACACAAUCUACUGGAGAUCCUUCUAAAGGGAGAACUGCGUCCCUGGAAUAACAAAGGUGGACGCAUCAAGGCGUUUCCUGAGCUCUCUGAAUCUGGAAACUUCUCCAUCCUCCUUGAGAAAGUGCAGCUGUAUGAUCGGGGUCUCUACAGCUGUGAGCUGUUUAAUGGGACCAGCUGCAGAAUUGCGUAUCAGGAGAUACAGCUAAUACAGACUGCCGAGAAUAUUUUGCUCAAGAACUGGCCCUUCAUAGUAGGAGGAGGAGCGGUUGCUCUCAUCCUUCUUGUGGUUUUAAUAUGUUGUAUAAAGCGUGCUCAUUCUAAUGCAUCAAAUACAAGGAUCUAUGCAAACUCAGGAUUUGAAAAAAGAAAUGACAAAGAGUGCAAUGAAAAGAAAGACAGCAGUAACUGGCAAGGAGCUAAGGCUAAAAAUAAUAGUUACAACUACACCAACCGCUGCAUGGAAGCUGAAGAGAUUUAUGCCAACCAGCCACACUGAAAACUAACCAUGAGGUUGUAAAUGGGAGUGUCAUUUAUACAGUACAUUGCACCCCCCCACCUACUCACGCACACACACACACACACACACACACGCACGCAUGCAUACUCUUUAUGCAGAGAUUCUUUAUGGUAUAUGGAUUCUUUUAUUCUUGUCUUAUUUUAUGGAGCCCCAUAAUUAUACACUGUAUGGCCAAAAGUAUGUGGACUUCUGAUCACACCAAUAUGUAGGUCUUCCUCAAACUGUUUUCACAAAGUUAGAGGUAUAGAAUACCUAGAAUAUCAAUAGAAUACCGGUAUAGGAUAUCUUUGUAUACUGUAACAUGACAAAUUCCUUCACUGGAAGUAAGCAACCCAAACCUGUUCCAGCAUGACAUGCCCUUGUGCCCAAAGUGAGCUCCUUGAAGACAUGGUUUGCUAAGAUUGGAGUAGAAGAACCCAAGUGUUCUGCACAGAGCCCUGACCUCAACCCCACUGAACACCUUUGGGAUGAACUGGAAUACUGACUGCACCCCAGACUUCCUUGUUCAACAUCAGUGUCUGACUUCACUAAAGCUCUUGUUUCUGAAUGAGCCCAAGAAGAAGAACUUUAUUCAUCACACGCUUGUGAAAUUCCUCUCUGCAUUUAACCCAUCUGAAGCGGUGAACACACACGUGAGCAAUGAGUACACACACACAUACCCAGAGCAGUGGGCAGCCAUGCUAACAGCACCUGGGGAGCAGUUGGGAGUUAGGUGCCUCGCUCAAGGGCACCUUAGCCCAAGGCUGUCCCAUAUUAACCUAACUGCUUUGGACUGUGGGGGAAACUGGAGCACCUGGAGGAAACCCACACAGACACGGGGAGAACAUGCAAACUCCACACAGAACGGCCCCUGUCGGCCGCUGGGCUUGAACCCAGAACCUUCUUGCUGUGAGGCGACAGCGCUAACCACUUAAACCAUUGUACUGCCCAGUAAAUAGUAAAUAACAGUAAAUGGGCAAAAGUCUAUGGGUGAUUGCUCUAAGACAACGAGGGAGGCUCAGCCUCCUCUAAAAAUGCCCUUAUAACUUUAAUGUGCGCGUGAGUUUCUCCCCCUCGUGACAGCGCGAUGCAGCGCAGCCUCAGUGGACUUCAAUGGCAUUUGGGAGCUCUGCGCUUUUCAAUCUCAAAAUGCAAGACGAUUAUUGGACAAAUACUGCGAAAACGCCCGCCUACGGACUCCCAGCCUCACAUGGGAGGGACAUGGCAGGUUCCGCGAGGAGACUGGUGAUUGGUGAAAGCGGCCGGAUAUUUUCUUUGAUUGACAGCUCGUUUCAACUAUAGACAGGCAGCGGUGAAUCUCAGUGCAGUCCCAUGCGGAUUCACAAGUGCUGUGGUGUAUUGUAAGAGCUCAGCUUACAUUUCGAUUUCAUUCAUUACAUACGGUUUCUACCAGCUUUUUUAGUUUGUAUAUAUUUUCAUUGUAAAUAAAGUGUAAAUAUAGUGUUGUCAAGUUUGCUAUCUUAGUUCCAGAAAUUUCGUUUAUUUGAGUGACUGAACUUGAACUUGAGAGGGCUAGUCAGCUAGCAAGAAAGCUGCGCACGGAUGCCAAGCAUUGCUGAUUUAAUUUUGGCGAAGCCAUUUGCCAGUCUUCCUUUCGAGGAAAAUAUUAAAAUUAAAGAGCAGGGUAGACCAACGCCUCAAAUUGACUUGGUGAAAAAGGUAGGGAAUAAUACUCGUUCCUUUCAGCUCUCCUGGUACGAGAAAGUGAAUUGGCUAACAGCAAGUGACCCACAUCAACAACAGUAAAUAGGCUACUUUAGUAAUAUGUCAUGGAUGGACCAAAAAUAUAGAAUCUAUUUAAAAUGUUUAUGCUGAGUAUAUUAUAUUGGAAUAUAUAUUUUUCUGGAUAUGAAUUAAACACAGCUACAAUUUGGAAAACAUUUUUAAACAAAAACACAGCCGAGAACAUUUCACACUACAGACCUGGAUUAGAAGUGAAGGGUUAUCAAAAUUGUCAAUAAAACAUUUCUCAGUCAAAAUAAGUAAAAUAUAGGGAAAGUGUCAUUGAAUGAAAUGUGUGGCACCCAGCUCUACUGCUGAGGUUCCUGACAAAGAGCUGCUUUCAAUAAUGAUAAAUUUUUAAACAACAUGCCACAAUUUUAAAAUAUAAAAUGUUAAAAUAUAAACCCCUCCCAACACCACCAUCAUGUAUAUUGGACAGUAGGCUAAUGGGCCAAAAGAACCUGUUAUUUCACAGUUUGUGACGCUGCCAACAAUCAGCCAGAUCAGAGGCAAGAGUAUGGGCAAAAUUGAUGUUUUUUCUUUUAAAAUCUGGAAAUAUCGUAACCAACCAGCCUCCCCUGUUUGAAAGACUACCAGCCGCCACUGCUAUGGACCCUUUUGGGAUGAACUGGAAUGUUGACUGUACCCCAGACUUCCUUGUUCAACAUUAGUGUCUGACUUCACUAAAGCUCUUGUUUCUGAAUGUAAAUCUGUAAAUCUGGAACAGAAUAUUCAACAAGCAAUUGUGGGUGAGAUGCGCAGGGGUCCACAGACUUUUGCCCAUUUACUAUUAUUUACGAAUCCCCACAGCGACGCUCCCAAAUCUAGUGAAAGCCUUCCCACAAGAGUGGAGAUUAUUUUUACAGCAAAGAGGGAUUUGCUGUAAAUCUGGAACAGAAUAUUCAACAAGCAAUUGUGGGUGUGAUGUUCAGGGGUCCACAGACUUUUGCCCAUAUACAGUACCAGUCAAAUUUUGGACACAGCUUCAAAUUCAAUGGUUUUUCUGUAUUUUUAUUGAUUAAAAGGCACUUCAUGUCUUAAAGUAAUGAUGGAUGUCAUUUCUCUUUACUUAGCUGAGCGCUUCUUGACAUAAUAUGGAUUACUACAGUUGUGGAAUAGGGCUAUUUACUGUAUUUUAUUAUUUAUUAUUUACUAUUUACUGUUUGAUCUCAAACAUGUUAAGAAGACAAGAAACUAGUCCACUAAUCAACUUUUGAUGAGGCACACCAUAAAGUCUUUGUUGAGUUUAGGUUUAAAAUUCAUGUUGUAUAAUUGCGUAAGGUUAACAUCUACUGACGUUCCUGCAUUUGCCCUUCGACUUCCAUGACAGACAUCAUUUUCUUCAUUGUUCUCCACUGAAAUAAUGUUACUGAACUGUAACUAUUAUAGAAACAAUUGUUUUCAUUUAAUAAAAUGAAAGAAAAAUAUCUAAAGCUUUAAAAAUAAAAUGAAUUGAUAGAAAAAUUGGGAAAAUAUGUUUUUGUUAUUGCACACAGCAUUAGGCUUACUGCUAAUUCACAGUUAAUAUAAUCACAGUUCAUGUGAUCACAACAGAUAUUGUUUGUGAUAAGAAAAGAAUCUGAAAACAGAUGCAAAAUGCUUAUACAGUGCCCUCCACAAUUAUUACCCCCCCCCCCCCCCCCCCCUUUUAAAAAUUAUCAAAAAUGGGGUGGUGUUAAAGAAAAAGGUUGGCACAGUGGUGUAGUGGUUAGCACUGUCGCCUCAUAGCGAGAAGGUUCUGGGUUUGAGUGCAGUGGCUGACAGGGGCUUUUCUGUGUGCAGUUUGCAUGUUCUCCCCGUGUCUACGUGGGUUUCCUCUGGGUGCUCCAGUUUCCCCCACAGUCCAAAGACAUGCGGUUAGGUUAACAUGUGGCAGCCUUGGGCUGAAGUGCCCUUGAGCAAGGCACCUAACCCGCAACUGCUCCCUGGGCGCUGUAGCAUGGCUGCUCACUGCUUUGAGUGUGUGCUCAAUGCUCACUUGUACCGUAUGUGUUCACUGCUUCAGAUGGGUUAAAUGCAGAGGACGAAUUUCACUGUGCUUGAGUGUGCAUGUGACAAAGGCUUCUUCUUCUUCUUAAAAAUCCACCUUUUGGUGAAAUUGCUUCAUAUUACACUGAAAAAAAUGAGAAAAAUCCAACCUUUAAUUGAAAAAAAUAUUCAGAGAAAAACAAAUCCCUCAUCAAGAAAUAAUUAUUAAAAAACAAAAUACACGUGCCACUAUUACUGGUGCUCCUGGAAAUUUAUUUACUGUAUUUUUAUUAUUCACUAUUUACUGUUUGACCUCAAACACAUUAAGACGGCAAGGAACUCAUCCACUAAUUAACUUUUGAUGAGGUACACCUAUUAAUUGAAAAGCAUUCCAGGUGACUACCUCAUGAAGCUGGUUAAGAUAACGCAGAUAGUGUGCAAAGCGUCAUCAAGAUAAACGGUGACUACUUUGAAGAGUCUAAAAUAUCAAACAUUUUGGUUUUUAAACUUUUUUUGUUUACCACAUAAUUCCAUAUAUGUUCCACACGUUAUUCCGUAGUUUUGAUGUCUUCAGUAUUGUUCUACAAUGUAGAAAAUACUCAAAAUACAGAAAAACCUAUGGAUGUAGGGAGUAGGGGUGUACAAACUUUUGACUGCUAUGCUAGUGUGUGUAUAUAUAGUGCAUAUAGCUGAUGUUAACAUUUGUAGAACAGAACCAUUUUCUCCUUCAUGAGUAAUACUUAUGUAAAACAAUGAGGGAAUGUUGUAAUAUGGUCAAUUCUAAUUUAAUAGUUGCAAAUAAGUCACCACAGUGCUUAUUAUAUUGAAAACAUAAUAUAUUCUACUGAAUCUCAUAUUAAAUUCAUAUUAGCUUAUUGAAA